AUGGCUACUACUUUCAAGAAACCUCGCCGAAAUUUCAGGAGAAAGGUAGCAACCAGUGAUUCUGAUGAGGAAAAUAAUGACGCAGAGAAAAAGGAAGAGAUUAUCAAAGAACCGGUUAACAACGGGGAUAGCGAGCCCAAAACCAAACACAAGAAAAAACGGGAAACCUCGAGCUUGCUUAGCUUUGCUGAUGCUGAAGAUGAUGAUGCCGAGAUCUUCCAGAUUAAAAAAUCUAGUCACAGCAAACGGAUAGCAAAGCAACUGAAAAAGGAAAGUCUGAAAGAGAAAGAAGAGCGGAAAAAGGAAGAGAUUGAAGCUACCCCAAAACCUCCUUCUCCAACUCCUGUCAAAGUGGCUCCUAUUGUUAAUACAGAAGAAAAACUCAGGCAACUUCGCGAAGAAUUAUGUACUUUGAAUGGAGAUGAGGCUGUAGCACUUGAAGAACCAGAGAGUGACGAAGAAACACCAAAAGAUCGUAAAAUGUUACAAGCUGUCCUGAAAAAGGGUGAAAUUCCAGAUGCUACAAUGAUCCAUAUGAUUCGUAAAAGUCGUCAAAUGGCUCGGGAGAUGGGAGAUUUCAUCCCAGUUGAUGAAGCUGGCGCCAAAACUGAGAACAACAACUCUCGCCUUGUCAGGGAUGAUGAUCAUGACAAAUCUGAUGAAGAUGACGAGGAGGGAAGGAUUGAUUUUGCUGUCAACCGAGAGGCUAGAGAAAGACAGAAAAUGAAAGAUGAAUUCUUGGCAGCAGAACAUGGCAGUGAUCAAGAAGGAAGUGACCUGGAAAGUGGCUGGGAAGAGCAACAAAUACGAAAAGCUGUCAACAUUCCUCAAGUAACUCGAGAUGAUGACCUACCUACCAAGUACACAUUGCCUGUCGUAACUGACAAAUCUGAUCCUAACUAUGCUGAAGAUCAGUCUGCUUUUGUUAGUGAAACUGUCAAGUCAAAUUUUCAACCCUUUUCUCUCACUUCCAAAGACUCUAAUGAAUUAACCAUAGAACUGAUUCAAAAGAAACUGAAGGAACGUUUGGAUUCCAUUAACCAGGUGCAUCGAAGUCAUGUAAAUGAACGUGACACUCUGGUAAUCAACCUUGAGGACACUCAAAAAGAGAUCGAAGAGGCUGAGAAAAACUGUAGUAUCCUUGAAGAACGUUUCAAGUUCUUCCAGGAAAUGAGGGGGUAUGUGAGAGACUUGGUUGAGUGUCUCAAUGAGAAGGUGCCUACAAUUCAAGAACUCGAAGCCCGCAUGGCAAAUUUGCUAAAACAACGUGCGGAGAAAUUGGUUUUACGUCGCCAGCAAGAUGUCCGAGAUCAGUGUCAGGACUACACUGCAAAUAAGGCUAAAGUGGUUAUUGAUGCUGCUGAAGCAAAACAGAGGAGGGUGGCUGAGAGGGAAGCCCGACGGUCUCGAAGAAGAAGAGCUCGAGAAAACAAAGAUAUUUCUGGCCACCAUGAAGGAUUAUCAUCUGAUGAAGAAGAGAAUCAGUCGGAUAUAACAAAAUUCAAUUCGGAAUAUGCUGAAAUCUUAAGAAUCCGUCAAAGAUUGUUUGAUGAUGUUGAGGAAGAUUUCUGCGAGUUAGAAAAUAUCCGAUUACAUUUUGAGAAAUGGAAGGGUGAAAAUUCAGAAUCUUACAAAGAAGCCUACAUUGGUCUCUGCCUUCCGAAACUCUUUAAUCCAUUUAUUCGACUGGAAUUAAUCGACUGGAAUCCACUGCAGGAAUAUGCCAAAGAUUUUGAAGACUGUCGGUGGUAUGAAUGUUGUGCAUUUUAUGGUUUUCGAGAAUAUGUGAUAUCUGCAGCAGAAGAUGAAGAUAAUGUGAAACUGAUACCAAGUAUAGUGGAGAAGGUAAUUCUGCCUAAGCUAACAGUUUUUGCUGCCGAUGUUUGGGAUCCAUUGUCCACUUCGCAGACAUCCAGGUUUAUAAAUCUGAUUCAGAGAAUCUCUAUUGACUACCACACUGUUCAUGGAGAGAGCAAAAAUACACAAUCCUUGCUGAAAGCUGUUGUCCAGAGAAUUAAAAGAACUCUUGAUGAUGAUGUCUUUAUGCCUCUCUAUCUAAAAACGAUUCUUGAAAAUCGGUCCAGUGGACCUGCUGUAUUUUUCCACCGGCAGUCUUGGAGUUGUAUAAAAUUGUUAGGCAAUAUUCUCAGCUGGCACAGGAUCCUUGCCACCAAGAUGCUUCACACCUUAGCACUGGAAGGUUUACUGAACAGAUACAUUCUGUUAGGCCUACAGACAUCUCCACUGAAUAAUGAAGCACUCCAGAAAUGUUCAUUGAUUGCCUCAAGUUUCCCCAAACAGUGGUUUGUAGAUGUGGAAGGUGACAAAACAAUUCCUCUCCUUGAAAACUUUUGUCGGUUUUUGAUGUAUGCUGCAGACAACCUCUGGAAAAAUAGAAAUAGCUCAAAGGAAAAAGAAAUAAAGGAACAGAUCCGCCUGAUUGGUAAACUGCUGAUCAACAUCCAUGCCUAUGACCAUACAAGCAAACUAUCGGAAUUAUACGGCCUGAAGAUAUGA